UGCAUCGCGUGCGCGUAAAUGUAGAUCUGAGCACGUUGGCUUUCCCGCGGGCGAUGACUUCACGUGUGCAUGCCCUGCCCGCCUUCGCCCUUCGCUGGUCCCUUUACUCUCUCGACAACUCCCCUCCUCUUCUCUUUCUCUGCUCUGCUCUGACGCCGCACACCUGAAACAUUCCAGCGCUCCGUUGAUGCAUCCUCGUCAAUCGCAAUAAACCCUACCUUUGCUGCACACUUGUCAAAGCGAGAUGGCAGAACCACCAGGCUCGCCUGAUGCAGGGCCCGAGUAUGCGCCGCCCUCUCUGCCUCCGGGAUGGAUUGCACAAUGGGAUGCCAAGAAAUACUACUUUGUGCAAAUCAGCACCGGCGAGUCAACGUGGGAGACUCCGACGAAAGCGGCGGCCCAGAUCCCUACGCCUGGUGCGACGCCUGCACAAGACAGCCCCUACCCACCGCCGGGGUCUGAAGAGACGAGGGGUAUGGAUGGGCAAGAGGGGGAUCGGAGCUUGGGUGGUGACCUCUUGAAGAUGUACAUGCAUAGCGGCAAGACGAACUCCUCUCAAAGCCAGUCCGGCAUGGGUGGACUCGCGCAACAAUUCUUUGGAACAGGCGGCCACGGCCCAUCGAGUGGAAGCUCUCAGCAACAAUCUGGACUCGGAGGCUUGGCCCAGUCCUUUUUAGGAGGAGGCAAUCAUAACACUUCGAGCUCAAGUGGACAACAACACCAGUCGUCGGGCCUUGGCUCCCUCGCUGGGCAGUUCCUCGGCGGGUCAUCCUCUCACAGCGGCCAGAGCGGGCAAACAGGGCAGAGCCAAAGCCAACAUCAAAGUGGCGGCCUUGGCGGCGGUCUGAGUUCACUGGCCGGUAGCUUCUUCGGCGGCGGCAAACCACACAACACGAGCGGCAACCAAUACGGCUACUCGCAUUCCGGGGGAGCCGGUGGGACGUACAGUGGCACUGCGCCUCCGACUGCGUAUCAGCCUUCGGGCUCGCACAGUUCCACGCCUUCAGGGUUCGCGCCGCAGGGUGGAAGUUAUCAACCUCCGGGACAAGGACAGCAUGGUGGUCAGCAGCAUCCGCCCUACGGACAACAAGGACAGCAAGGGCCGCAAGGAGGCUAUGGAGGAUCACAGUCAAACAACUACAACCAAUACUCACAGAACCAGUACCAGUCAAGCCCUGGCCCGCAAGGCGGGUACGGAGGAGCAUCAGGAGCGCCAUACGGACAGCAGGCACAGCAGAAUUACGGCUCUGCGUCCAACCAGUUACGGACAACAAUCCUUCCCACCGCCUCCACCCCACGACUCGCAUCCGAAUCCACAGCAUCAGCAACAGUAUCAGGCCUACUCGCCCAAUUCUCAGCAGGGAGGAGGGUAUGCAGGCGGGUAUGGACAGUCGAAUGGACAAGGAGGGUACGGAGGGCAGCAACAGUACCAACAGCCUCCCAAUCCGGGCUGGAGAUGAUGAGGGUGAGGUAGUCAUACGGCAUCGUCUUAAGCGUUUUCGUUUGUUCUCUUUGCACGCCUGAGCUGGUCAUCUGGUCACGCCUGGAGGCAGACCCAGUUUCGUAGUGUGCGCAGCCUGAUAUAAUCACGACAUGACAUGAAGCAGCAUACGUCUCUUCCAAUCGUAUCAUCGGCCAUGGAGGGCGUACUAAACUGUGAGUACUUUUCACAGACCUCCGGCCUGCUAGAUAUCUCAUCUUUCCAACAUCACAUGAUCGGCGACGUGGAAACUCCGCUAGCGCAAAGUCUAAAAGUGGGUAAACGCAA